AUGAAUGCCCGCGCGGGCACUAGCGCGCCGAAAAGUGUGAAAUUCGCAGUGGCUCCGUUGCAGGAUCGCGGACACGAAGACGACCACAUCUCGCCCGCAGUGUAG